UCUCCCGUCAAUACUCAGUUCUAUCGACUCUCAAAAUGCCUACCGGAAUCUUCAAUUCCACCUACUAUGGAAAGGACUACCGCGCUGGGUCCGCUCUCCUACGUGCCCGUCGGCCAUAUUUGGUCAAAAAUACCGUGACCGGAUUAUCCCUCGUCGCACUCACGAUCGGCAUCUAUGCAUACACCCUCCGCGCAGUCGGACAGGACGAUUUCUCCGAUGUCAAGGUCCCUGAUGCUCCCGCAACCCCCAAGCAGCAGCCGGAACAGAAGUAGGACGGCCUCUACGCUUGUGAUGAAUGACUCCUAGCGUGGUGUAAAUAGGUUUGGAGUAUAUGGAUUUGGGAAUAUUUUUCUGGGUUUGCCGCAUUCAAAUGAUCCUGGUUAAUAAUUUGAGUGCGAGAAAAGGUUUCAAGGAAGAGGAGGGUGCCAAAAGUUCGCGGGUUUAGCUGAUGCUCCAAGAGAUACCACGAAAAGAAAGAACUUUCUCGGCUCUUCUCCUUUUCCCACCGUCUGUCUCUUGUGCUGUUCAUUUCUAUACAUGUGUGAUGCUUCUGCACCAUAAAGCAGCACCCCCAGCCAAAAAAAAAUAAUAGCACCUGCCCGAGCAUUCUUGCAAC